AUGGCCAGCGGAAGCACAUAUCACGCAGAGGUCCCCGACCAGGAGGUCUCGGGGCCUCCUUUGAAGCUGUUUCGCACGGAGACUUCUCUUGGGGCCCCUCGGUCUUCAGAUACUGAGAAGCAGGGCCCCAUUCGCCCUAUGUUUGUUUCUUCACCUUCGCCGGGUUUGGUGCGGAGUUAUUCAGCAGCAGAUCCUUCAAAUGACGCAUUUACAGCUUCUCAUGAGCUUGACUUUGAUGACUGGAUGACGACGGUGAUAGGGACACUUCAGUUGAUUGUUUCUUCCUCCGUGGUAGCCCUGGGUGUAUAUUUGUUGUUUACCUGCCCCGAGAUGUCUGAGGAGGCUCCUCUGUUGUUUUAUUUUGUUGCUUUUUCCCUGUCCGCUGAAGUGGCUCUGCUGCUGCUGAUAUGUAUGCUUAUGCUGGCUGUACGUGUUAUAUGUGGGGCUGCUCGAGCCGAGUACACCUCGGCAAUCUGCGGCAUAUUUCAUAGGACAAUGGAAGGCGCCAUUUAUUUCUUUUGCGUUGGCUUUGGAGGCACUUUAUUGGUGUUACUUGCAACUGGAGAUCCUGAAGACCCCCGCGUUCGAUACCUAGGAAGGCGACAAAUGUUUGUCUGGGCGUUUGUAGGGAUGGAGGUCGCUCUCUGUCUCCUUUACUGUCUUCAAACAAUACCCACUCUCUAUGGAAUAUGCAAAUUUGCCUCUCAUAAAAUUUACCUCAAACUGACUGGUAGAGAUGAACUUGAAUUUCAAAGAGGAGAUGUACCCGUUGCGUAUGCAAGACUGGCAGACUACGACUACUCGCUGCAGCACAUGCACAACCCAGCCGCCUCCAGCCGAGUGUACGUACACCCCACCGAAGCAACCACCCCUCAAGCUAGAGGCGGUGAAUCCUCCAGGCGCUCUGAUGCAGAAGAAGCCCUUCUCAACAGCCGCGUCUAA